ACACGUGUGCGCCCAGACGAAGGAAGCAGAGGAAUUUGAAGCACUUUUAAGUGCCUCAGACUUUUAGUUAUACUUGCCGGAUGUUGCUUUAGAGAUAAACUUUUUUAUUUUCUUGAAAGAAAAAAUAACUUUUUAGUCAAAAGCCAAACAGGAAGCUGCAAUGAAACCUCAAGACAUCAUGAGGUGGAAAGGAAGCCUAUGGGUUUUUGGUUAUGGAUCUUUAGUGUGGAAACCUGAUUUUGUGUAUCAGAAGCGCAUAAUCGGCUACAUCAAGGGCUACAAACGGCGUUUCUGGCAUGGAGAUGACUUUUAUCGAGGAGACAAGAAGAAUCCAGGAAGAGUUGCGACACUGGUGAAGGACCAGGAGGCUUGCACAUGGGGCGUGGCCUAUGAAGUGUCGGACGCUCAGGCAAUAGAUGCCUUUCAAUACCUCAACAUGCGAGAAGUGGUGAGGGGAGGAUACGUCAUGGAAAAUAUGGAGUUCAUCCCUCGGGAGAAGGCCGUAGACACCGUCCACGCCCUCGUUUACAUCGCCACUUCCGACAACCCCGCUUACCUGGGCCCCGCUUCGGACCAGGAGAUCGCCAACCAGGUCGCCGUCUGUAGAGGCAAGACAGGCCACAACAUCGAAUACGUGCUCCAGCUUGCCAAUUUCAUGAGACUCUGCUGCCCUGAGGCGAAGGACGAGCACCUCUUCUCCGUCGAAGCUGCCGUUUUGAAGAUUUGUCCCAAAUGUGAAAUAGAAAGCUGUGUCUAAAACACACAAAGCACUUUAUAUUGCCAUGCAAUUUAAAUAUCACACGAUUUAAAUGUUGCCCUUACCCUGAAACAUAAGCACUUAAUUUUAUUCCUGCUUGUUUCAUGCAUGUGAUGCACUUUCGAAGUCUACUAAAUGCUUUUAUAUUUUCCAAUACCGGAUACCUCAAUUCAUUUUAUUAUAAUAAUAAACACGCCUUGAUUAAA